ACCCGCAAACUUUCUCCCACCACGCAAAUCUCUGCGUGACCGCCAGCACACUCGGCCCACGGUCGAGCAGCUCCUACAAAUCACUGAUGGAUGUCGGCUGAGGUUCGCUGGGCGUCUCGCUUCAUCAUGAGCUCAUCGACAGUGUCCGUAUCGGCGGCAACGCCAACACAGCAUCAUCCCUUCCAGCGGAAAGUGGAUGAUGUGAAACCCUCGAAGACGGACAUCAAUUUUGUCAUCAUGGACUACCUGGUCAGCGAAGGCUACCCAAGAGCGGCGGAAAAGUUUGCCAAGGAAGCAAACAUCCAGUUGCCUCUUGAAGAGGAGUCUAUCCAGUCCCGCGUAGAAAUACGCCGGGCUAUUCAUGCUGGCGAUAUUGAUACCGCCAUUACUAAGAUCAAUGAUCUGAAUCCCCAGAUUCUAGACACAGACCCAGCCUUGCACUUUGACCUGCUCCGGCUGCAGCUGAUUGAACUUAUCCGGGCAUGCACGUCAUCUGCCGCCUCUGAUAUCACGCCUGCGCUCAACUUCGCUUCAUCGCAGCUUGCUCCUCGGGCAGCGACCAACGCGGAUUUUCUGAGAGAUCUUGAACUUACAAUGUCGUUGCUCAUAUUUCUUCCUGCGGCGCCAGGCACUCUGCAGAGGGAACUGAAUGAAUUGCUGGAGCCGUCGCUGCGGCGGAAUGUUGCGAGCAAGGUCAAUGAAGCUAUAUUGACAAGCAUGGGCGCUCGUGGAGAAUGUCGCAUGAGGAGCUUAGUACGCUUGCGGCAGUGGGCCGAGACCAAGGCACGGGCAGCCGGAAAGGAUCUACCCUCGUCUUUACCUCUUGGGUUGCAGGACGCCGACGAUCGGCCGGCCAAUGGGCAUGGUGAGGCUGCCGAUGUGAUGGUGCAGUAGCUGUGCAUGCUCGAUGUGUUUUGUGACGAUGGGCGGUGCGGGUGUGAUGGAUUUGGCGAGCGGCAAGGCGUUUAGAGUGGUCGAGUCGGGCCUAAUGCCACGAUACAGUUCCGGUAACACGGAGCUUCGCAUGUGUAUGUGCAAUUGACAUGUAUUGAUGA